UUUAGAUCAUAAAUUAAUGUGACCUAGUUUUCUAAAUUACUUGGAAUCUUGGGUCGAACAAUUUUUUUUAGAAUCGAUUUGCUGUGUGCCCAUCGGCAGACAUGGAGGGCCACUCCGGCGCCACCGUACGCUCUCGAACUUCUCAAUCUCCAUCUCCGUCGCACUCUGCUUCGGCCUCCGCGUCCAGUUCCGUUCAUCACAAGCGAAAGUUUCAGGCGACGACGGCAGCAGCUGCUCCUUUCUCCCUCUCCGACACCGGUGCCCUCACGUCCAAUGACGACCUGGAUAGCAUCAGCGCGAGGGAAGAGGAGGAGGAUGAAACCGACGAGGAGGACGAAGAUGAUGACGAAGACGAGGAGGAAGAUGAGGAGGACAACGACUCCAUGAGGGUGUUUACCGCCGCUCGUCUAGAUGCUCACAACAGCGCCGGCGGUGUUGGGAACUCCCGGAGUAGCUCCAAGCCGCCGAAGCCUGAUGGCUUACAGGUGAAGGUUGACUCUGCCUCUGUUGGUGCGGGGUUGGAGAGUGGGGUUAAGGAAGAGCGCGGGGCAACGGGAUUGUCAGCCCAGCAGAACGCUGGCAACGCCAGUUUGAUACCGGGAAUUGUUGUGAAGGAUGAUUCCGUGAAUGGGAUCUUCACGGAGAAUAUACAGACAAGCGGUGCUUACAGUGCCAGAGAGGAGGGGCUCAAGAGAGAGGAAGAUGCUGGAAAGCUUAAAUUUCUAUGCUAUGCCAAUGAUGGGGUAGAUGAACAUAUGAUAUGGCUUAUAGGAUUGAAGAAUAUAUUUGCUCGGCAGCUUCCAAAUAUGCCCAAGGAGUACAUUGUUCGUCUUGUUAUGGAUAGAAACCACAAGUCUAUGAUGGUUAUCAGGCUUAAUCAGGUUGUUGGGGGCAUAACAUACAGGCCAUAUCUUAGUCAGAGGUUUGGAGAGAUAGCUUUUUGUGCUAUUACAGCUGAUGAACAAGUUAAAGGCUACGGCACAAGGCUGAUGAAUCACUUAAAGCAACAUGCUCGUGAUGUUGAUGGGCUAACACAUUUUCUUACUUAUGCAGACAACAAUGCUGUUGGGUACUUCAUAAAGCAGGGCUUUACAAAGGAAAUUUCUCUUGAGAAGGAAAGAUGGCAUGGGUACAUCAAGGACUAUGAUGGAGGCAUUCUUAUGGAGUGCAAAAUUGAUCCUAAGCUUCCGUACACCGACUUAUCAACUAUGGUUCGUCGACAAAGGCAGGCAAUUGACGAGAAAAUCCGAGAAUUAUCAAACUGCCAUAUUGUUUAUCCCGGCAUUGACUUUCAAAAGAAGGAAGCUGGUAUUCCUAGAAAGAUUCUCAAAGUUGAAGAUAUUCCUGGUUUGAGAGAGGCUGGCUGGACACCAGACCAGUGGGGUCAUUCACGUUACAGACCAGCGAGUGCUGUAGAUGGAGUUGUUUAUCGCCAGCAGCUAAAUGUCUUCAUGCGUGGUCUUCUAAAGAUGAUGAACGAACACCCUGAUGCUUGGCCAUUUAAGGAUCCAGUAGAUGCACGUGAUGUGCCUGAUUACUAUGAUAUUAUUAAAGAUCCAAUGGACCUAAAAACGAUGUCGAAGAGGCUCGAGUCUGAACAAUAUUAUGUUACAUUUGAGAUGUUUGUUGCUGAUGUUAAGAGGAUGUUUGCGAAUGCUAAGACCUACAACUCUCCUGAGACCAUCUAUUACAAGUGUUCGACCCGGCUUGAAAACUACUUCUCAAGCAAAGUUCAAGCCCAUUUUCUUCAAACAGCUAACAAAAAUCCUUAGGUGAUUUACUUGGCCUAAUUUUAAAUCCAACUCCACUAAGCUCUGCUGUGUUAAAAUGUUGACGAACGGAGCUCAUGUUGCAGUAAGCUUAUGGAGAAAAAAGGUGGUAGUUAUUUAUUUGUAAUUCCAUGCAAAUUAUCCACAAUAUUUUCUGCAAUAUUCAUAAUCAUAUAUUUAUAAAGUUAUUCACCAGUACUUGGUAGUUCUCUUUACCAAAAUUUUAAUGCCUAUUGUCAUUUUGGACUUUUGAUGAAAGAAAAAAGAGGAAAUUUGAAAUUCAGCAA